AUGGAAUUUUUGGAUCCCAAAUCCCCCAACGGACCAUCCCUACGCACGAACCACUGUCGACCCAGACUCGAUCGAUCUUCAACCCCACGUCGGCCUUUCGACCUUGUUCCUCCUGCCCGGCCUGUCACAUCCCUCCUUCGAAAGCCUGUUCCAUAUCUUUCGCUGUCCGACUAUAGGCCCCCUCCCCUUGACCAAUCCCGGCUCACCCACUCACCGUAUCACACUCAUACUGAGGUCUCGCCCCAGCGGAGCGCAUCUGCUCAAGUUCCCUUGGCCGAUCCUGCCCUAUAUAGUCAACAUCACACUAUUUUGUCUCCUCGUGGGCAUAUGCAACCCCCUUCACACAUAAAGCUGCCUCCGUCGUCUGAGACCGACCCUUCUUUCCGGACUCCAUCCCCGCAAAACAGCAUUUGUACGUCCCUUUGCGGUCCCAUCCAACUCGAACAAAGCCGUCUUCACCUUAUCUCCCCGCACGCCUGUCUUCCCCAAUCGGAGAAGUCGCGAAAUGCCUUCUCCCAUCAUCGUCAGCUCACGCAAUCUACCUCGCCGCAUGCCCGUCCCUCCCCACCAUACGAUCCAUACCUUUCUCCUGAUCAGCAAUGGUCUACCCCGCAUACCCCCCCAACACUGGGUGUCGAACACAGACACCUUUCCGAUUCUCCAAAGAAACAUAACAUGGUAGCCUCCUUCCAGGAACACCAUACCUCCCCAUCCGUACGUUAUACCCCUCCCGGUCCAUCCCGUCCCACUCUCUAUGGUAGUCCACCACAUCCACGUCUUCCGGAUAUCACCGCCUCAAUCCCUGCCAACUCCUCGAACCCGGUUGACUUAAUUCCAUCUCAUUCAACUCCCUGCUCUAGCACAGACGUCCCCAAUCCCCCCUCCGCCAAUGAUCAACCAGUCCUAUCCCCGUCCGAAUCCGCCAUCCAUGACGGAAGUACCCCCACGGCCAGCGACCUGGAGUCUCAAUUGUGUCGUGGUAUUACUGACGCGUUAGACUGUGCCUUCCACUCACUCUCAGCUAUAGAAUGCGCCCAGCUUUUGUAUGCCUCUCUUGAUGCUGUACUGCAGCGUUAUCAUGUCGCUGUCAAUGCCGACCACCUUCCCUCCGGCCAACGGAUUCCUUCGCACGUGUCCGACGUGCUUGACCUCAUAUAUCUCAUUUGUCAGGGCAACCACGCCAUCGUACAAGCAGCUUUCCAGCAAGCCGCGCACGAAGCGCUUGAUCAGCUCACUGGACCCACCACAACUAUUCCCCAUCUCCUAGGCCAGCUCAUCCCUGCCUUUGCCGAUUGUUUUAUCACCGCGAUCCAAACUUCUGAAUCGCCUUUCCUCCUGCCACCAACUCUCAUUAAUCACAUUGCAGCGGCAUUGCCUGGCAAGACACCACGCCCUCUGCCCACAUCCCCAUCACUUCUCCUCGCUUCAUGCCCCACUGACGGUGCAUCCGCACUGGUCCCAGCGGUGAGCUUCCCUCCCCCUCCAGCCCAGGUGGACCACACCUCCCAGCUAAAUGCGUCCCCAUCCCUCUCUCCGCACAUUCCCCGGAAUGUACCAUUGUCCGCUACCCCACCGCACCCAACCUCGGUAAGAGGUACGGCGAUACCUUCUGAGUCUAAAGUCAGAGACUUUAGUUUCCACUAUACUCCCGACCUCACCGCUUCCGAUUCCACCAAGACCACGCCUUCAUCACUUCCUCCUUCCGGAGGCCCCCUCACUUCCCCUCCUCCUGGUACCCCCCUUCUUCUUCAUGACGUCCAACCUACUCCUUGGCUCUCGCAGUUUAGCACAAAGGCCUACUACAAUGAAGAGCUAAAGUCCCUCCACGGUCGAACCAUCGUCCUUUGGGGCACUGGAACAUAUCCCAAAGAACUUGCGGCUGAGUUCCCCCCCGAUCCCUGUGCGGAAGGCCGUAAAGACUGGCCCGAUCGACCUACA